AUGGCUCGCACCCGGUGUAAGCCGCUCGAGCAACCCCUAGCAACGAGAUCCAAAAAUGGUCUUGCUAACAAUAGCCGCCGUGCAAUCGCAGCUUGGUCCGCGUCCAUUGGAAACCUCCUCUCGUCGAAAUCACCGACCGGGAAAGAGGGUACAAAGAUAAGCCGUGACACCUUUACCUCUAUAUCCGAAGCUCACACCGCGAGUCUAUCUCGGGAUUCCCCACAACCGCCGCCAUCAAGGAGUUCGAGGCCAAGCUCUAGGCCGAUGAGUAUCGUUCAGCCUUACCAGCCGCCGCUUCUCGAAGUUGAGCAAGACACGUUACCCGAACUGCAGCCUGUAUUCACCUUUUUGAACAGUCAUUCCAAGAAGAUUUAUACUGAAGGAUAUUUUUUGAAGUUGAAUGAUCUGAAUCCAGAUGGUAAACCGAGCCAGGACAGGUCGUGGGUUGAGUGUUUUGCUCAGCUUGUAGGAACUGUACUAUCGCUAUGGGACGCUACUCAGCUCGACGCCGCAGGUCACGAUGGCGAAGUUGUGCCGACAUACCUCAAUCUUACCGAUGCUUCGAUCAAGAUGAUUGACACUUUGCCGACAAGGUCGCCGGAUGUGCCUCCUCUCACAAACGUUCUCAGUAUUUCUACGGCUGGUCGAAAUCGAUACCUCUUCCAUUUCAACUCACACCACUCCCUGACACAAUGGACGGCUGGGAUCAGGCUAUGCAUGUUUGAGCACUCCUGCCUACAGGAGGCUUACACCGGAGCUUUGAUCGCGGGGAAGGGCAAGACAUUAAAUAGUAUUAAUACCAUAAUGGAGAGGGCCAGAUUCAAGUAUGAGGAUUGGGCCCGGGUUCGGUUCGGAGCGGGAACCCCUUGGAGGAGGUGUUGGGCUGUUAUCACACCGCCGGACGAGAAAUCCGUCAAGAGGCAAAAGGCAAUCCUGAAAAAGGCAAACAAGUCUGCUUAUAAUGCUGUUCCGUUUCUCAAAGGCGAUAUAAAGUUCUACGAGAACAAGAAGAGCAAAAAAUCACAGCCGAUAGCAACCAUCACGGACGCUUUCUCGGCCUAUGCAAUCUACCCGCAAUCAAAACCGCUCAUUGAGCAGUCCACUUUGGUUAAGAUUGAGGGAAAAAUUACAAUAAAUUCAGAUCAUCCAACAACUAGUGAGGGGUUCGUCUUUGUAAUGCCCGAAUCCCACCCCGCUGUUAGUGGGUUCGAGAUAAUGCUCCGCUGGCUCUUUCCCACAUUCGAUGUGUUUGGGCUAUAUGGGCGUCCGGGGAGACUUAUUGCAGGCGUUGACGAUCCCAAGGGGUUGAUGUUUGCUAUGCCAAGGGAGCGACAGUACGGAUAUUUACAGGUGGAGGAUAUUGUGGGACUGAUCGUGACAGAAGGUGGAUCGAUCAAUUCAGAAUCAGAGUGGAGACUGAAGUUGAAGGAGUUGACAGCGGCAAAGAUAAAGAAUGGGGCGACUCGUGCAAGACCAAGAACCAGUCUUCCGGCUGGGCAGAGAUUCCCGGGUGUGACAUUCCGGGAUGACUCUUCGGGAUCGUCAUCUUCGUUGCCUAUACCCGCAUCACAGAUUCCUCCCCAGCAUGUCCCUAUGGGCACUCCUCCCUUAACUUCCGCGGUUUAUCAUCAGCGCUCUACUUCCGAAUCCACAGGUUAUUUGGAAUACCAGAGACAACAGCGAGGUCCUCCGUCUUUAGGAUCCAUGGCUGAGAGACAAGAAGGCUACGACCAAGCACUACCUACUGGGAGAAGUGAUUCCUCCUCCGAUGAUAGUUUAUUCCAGGGUGCUAUUGAUCCCUCUGCUCGUCGCCUUCAACAGCAGACCAGCCAGCCGUCGCCAGACCUAGUACCGGCUACCCCCAUAAUGAUGCAUUCCCCAAGCUCAAAACCUCCGCACAUGUUACCACAAAUGAGGUCGCAAGGGCCGUCACAUGACUUGCAGGUAGGAUUGGGUGUUCAUCAAGAUCAGGAUCUACCCAGACGUUCCACCGAGAGUAACUUGUUUGAUGGGAUGCCUCUAAGGAGUGGCAAUACCACUGGAGCGGACCCAGCUCUACCACCAUCAGCAUUCCCUCCAUCCUUAAUGUCAAAUGGGUCUGCCCCAACAUCGAAACAAAUAAGCGCAAUGUAUCCUCCUCCCCCACCCCCGCUUUUACCCAGUCAGCAGUCCCAAAUCACGGCUCAGAGUUACCUUCCAUACCAAUCUCUAAUCGAACCUCCCCCAGGAUUUGCUCCACAAUAUUCACAAGUUCUGCUUGCUGGCCCACCGCCAACCAAUGACAGGAAAGAAGCCUAUGAAGAAGGUUAUGCUAACAGGCCACCACCACCACCCGUCCAUAAACAUCCUGUUGGGUCCGUACAAUCCAUGAACCCUCCCCCUCUCAGUAGAGCCGAGAGCCUUAGAGUGGAGGAGGCCAAGCCUCCAAGGUUUUCAUGGCAAGACACAGAUGUGCCGACACCCGUCCAACUUACUAGCGGGCGUGAAAUCACGGCAGGUUCGGAUCCCCAGCCGCCGCCACCAAUCCCUGCAAACGCCCUGUUCAAACGAAUUAACCAUCCAACGGUCCCAGGCAUUCAGACAAACGUCGGCACAAAACCUCCACCUGAACAGUUUUCCGCAGCCGCCGACGAUUCCCCCACUAGUGCAGAACUCGCAAGUCUUGCCCAGCACAUGAUAAGCGAUGAAGCCUUGAAUAGGAUCGGAACGGACCAUGGGACGGGCGAUGAAGAUACCCUUGAUCGAAAACGGGCUCAACGGAUGCAGCGAAUGCUUACUGACAGCGGAAGUGAAUAUGAAGAUGAUGAUGAGCCAGAUUAUUCUAGUAUUCAUACUACACGCGAGGAACCACCGAAGCGUGACGCUGACAUGCCGAGGGCUGGAGUUAUGAAGGUAGUUGGGGGGGCAUCGGAGCCAGAGGUUGUGGUUGGAGAUGCCCGCUAUCGUCCUAGCACCUCUGGCCAAAUCCAAGACUCCCCUGAGAUACCCAAGGUUGACUUUGGAACGACGAUCAAUCACGGACGUACUCUCUCCGCCGAAUCCAGGGGUGUCAGCAGGGGAAACGCGCAGAUUAUAGACCAGGAUGAGCAAGGCCCCCAUUCACUCCAUGGAACUUUAAUAGGUGGUGACCCUCGACGUCAGUCAAUGGGCCUUAGCGGAGACCUUUGGGGCCAGAAUCGUGCGCCUUCAAGAUCUUCAGGUGCUAGUGAGGAGAGACGAGAGUCUUGGAAUCGACCGUCCCCCGAUUCUGUGCAUGAGAGGGCGGGGUCACAUGGGUCAGAGAGUGGAGAGUCGAAGCGCAGGAGCGUAGUGUGGCAGCCUGGAAUGGCUCAAGUUGGGGGUGGGCGAAGCCCAGACAGGAGAGACAAUGCAGAGCAAUAUGUUGCCGAAAAAGCGGCAGCCGCUGCCGCCCAACACCAGUCAAGAAGCAGAUAUGUCCAUCAGCGGAAGACUUCGGGCACUUCACCAACAAGCGGCCGCAAUCCUUCUGCUGAGCACCUUCCUCGACCUGCUUCUCGCGGCGGAGAGGCGGCAUUCGCCUCAAAUGGAUUGGCCUCUGGCGCUGUGGAUAUAUCAAACCAUCUCUCCGCACGAGAACAGGAAUAUGUUGCAAAGCAAACGGGCUCAACAUUGUUAUAUAUUGAUAAUGCGAAACACAAGCAGCUGCCUCACCGAGCGGGGCUUCUGGGAGCAAUUGAGGCUAGAGAACUAGAGAAGCGCAAAAUGAGGGAAUCGUGGACGCAUGGCGGUAGCUCCGAUAGUGCUACUGUCCAGCAAGCCAUUGCUCAGAGACAGCAGCAAAAACAACAGCAAAAACAGCAACAACAACAACAACAGUCUAGCCAGCGCUCAUCUCCCAGGGGCAUGGGAAGCCAGAGUCCCGGAUUUACUCAAUAUGGUGGCGCACCCUACUUGCCUUUACAACAGCAACAGGCAGGUUUUGGAUACCCCCAGCAACCGCCGCAAUCGCAGCAGUAUCAACAACAAUAUUUUGGCCGUCAACCCUACGGGCAACCACAAUACGGCCAGCAGCAACCUGGCCAAGGCGGUUUCGCAAGGUAGUUGGUAACUGAGCUAUUCAUGGCCUUUUCGUUUCCUUUUCCCUUUUCUCUUCAUUUUUAUUUUUCUUGUCGGGGUGUUUUCUUUUUCCAUACAUUUUGGACUCUGGAGCUUUGUCACGAGCAAACAUUAUUAUUUGCUGGGCUUUCUUUUUUUUUUUUGUUCAAUCUUCUUGCAAUGGCGCGAUAAAAAGGGGAGUUAGGGAUGGGAGGAUAGGAGGGGGAUUGAAGGAGAGAUGGUGAAACAGUGAAAAAAAACUUAUUCCUAUUUUUCUUUUCUUUUCUUUCUUUUUUUCGGCUCGUUGUCGUUUUGUUUCUUGUCUCAUCAGUAUGAUAGCAUGUCCAGGCUCUUUCUACUUUCUACUUUAUACAUUCUGCUUUUCCUUUCCCUUCUCGUCUUUCCCGGAACUAACUAAAACUUACCUUGUAUUUUCUUGUCUCUGUCCUGUCUUUCUAUGCAUCUUGAAGCGCGGGGAGGAAAGAAAGGGAAAAAAAAAACGGUUUCAAAGGCCUUACGAUAGGAGCCGUAAUAUCUGGUUUAUGGGUUCAAACUUUUUUUUUCCCAACCUUCCUCUUGCCUGUGCGUUUUU